CAGCGGGACAGGAGAGAUACAGAACCCUGACAUCCGGGUUCUACCGGGGAGCAGAGGGAAUCGUUAUCAUGUAUGACGUCACAAAUGAGGAUUCGUUCAGCAGCUUGCCUCGCUGGUUACGAGAUGUAAAUGAGAACAGCACAGAAGACAUAUGUAAACUGAUAGUAGGCAAUAAAAUAGAUCUGAGCACAAAAAGAUGUGUCAGUAAAGAAAGAGCUAAGCAGUUUGCAGAAUUCCACCAAAUUGAAUACCACGAGAUCAGCUGUCGUGAAAACACGAACGUAGAUGAGGCUUUAGCUAUACUAGCCAGACGGAUAAAGGAAAAAUUUGAAUUAAAGUCCACGUUGUCGAGACAAAAAGAUAUCACACUUACCGCACCGCCGAAGACAAAAAGCUCCUUCAAAUGCCCGUGUAUAUGACGAUACAAAGAUACCUGGGGAGACAGCUCCACGGUGUUGCACUGACAAUCGUUGUAACUUACAGCCUCGAUCGAGAAUCCGGUGAAGUUUAGUGUAGCCCCCUGAAUCUUGUAUUGAGAACAGGUAUCUUGUGUUUUCGGAAUUAUUUCGUGACGUUUGUGGAUUCGUGAUUACCACACGGUGAUUGGUGGAGUUUUUUAUGUGCUCGUUUCUGAAAGAGUUGAUAACGAAUCAGGAUAUAGUUUCCGCACGGAUUCGUUGUUGUUCGCAUUCAUCCUUUCUAGUAUCGUCCUGUUCCGUGGGUGAUUUUCAACUUAUCUUCAUCGUCUUUGUGUUAUAUGAUGCUGUGAUUUAACGAAUUCUUUAAACUAUAUAUCUAUUUUUGACAUACCGGUACUUUGAAUGCCAGUGAGUGCUAACAGCAGCUCUUGAUUGCAAUCAACAUGUCCGUCAUAGCUACAUGUACAUACUGGUACAGUGUGUUGAUUAGUAAGAGACAAUGAAGGAAUUCGUGAUUGUUAUUAACAUAUUCGCCACAGUGAUUCACGAAUUCGUGAUUGUCAUUACCACAUUAAGCCACAGUGAUUCACGAAUUCGUGAUUGUCAUUAACAUAUUCGUCGCAGUGAUUCACGAAUUCGUGAUUGUCGUGAAGUCAUAUUACCCUUAGCGGACCUUGCACUGUAGUUGUCACUUCCCGAUCGUCAACAUCCGGGUACUGGAUAAUACUGGACAGACAUCUGGUGAGACAAAUUACCUCCCUUACAUCGGGAAACCUUGGCACCUUGGCGGUUCGGAGUGAUGCGAAAAAAUUCAUACAGGAGAGCAAAUGAUAGAAUCAGUUCAUUGCUAAUCGAUUCCUUAACUUUUAUGAACAACUGCAUAAGGUAACGUGAGAUCAAGAAAGCUGAGGUUGAAGAAUGGAUUGCAGAAAAUUUUCAUACUUGUAAGUUUGUUCCGGUAAAUGCUGGUCACGAAAACCGCUUACAACCUAUAUAUGAUGUCUGAUGGACGCCUCGCGAAUCUCUAAUUGGGCCAAUGACGCUAUUUGAUCGCUACCACACAUGGACAUUGUGAAACCGCCGAUCACCAGGAGAUAUGUUUACAUGUAGACAACGUGAAUGCAUUGAACAUUAACGAAGUUUGUGUUUUUAACCAGAAGUACAUUGGACAAAUUAUCGAGAUCUUUAUUCAGUGUCCUCGAAGCUUUAACUCUGGACCUGUAUUCCGUAUAUUUAAUGUAAGAGUAUAAAAUGCAAUGUAGGUCUAUAUGUGUAUAACCGACACGUGACGUGUGAAGGCUGUAUAAGAGAUGCCGGGCAGUUUGUUAUUACCAUGCCUUUCAGUUCGUCAGUUUAGGCCUAUCAUCGUAUGUGAAUCUGUGUUGACAUUAAUACCACGCACUUCAGCUCGUCGGUUUAGGCCUAUCAUCGUAUGUGAGAUGCCGGGCAGUUUGUUAUUACCAUGCCUUUCAGUUCGUCAGUUUAGGCCUAUCAUCGUAUGUGAAUCUGUGUUGACAUUAAUACCACGCACUUCAGCUCGUCGGUUUAGGCCUAUCAUCGAAUGUGAAUCUGUGUUGACAUGAGCGGGCAGUUUGUUAAUACCACGCACCUCAGCUCGUCAAUUUAGGCCUAUCAUCGUAUGUGAAUCCGUGUAGACAUUAGCACACAAUUACACGUACAUAUAUCUUGAUCUUAUUUCUGAUUUAGCUGCUUAAUUAGAAACGCGCGAAAUGUUUCAUCAUCUUUAAUUAACGGAGUUGUUCAAGGUUAUAAAUUCUAAUGGUUGCUCCCCGUAGUAAUGUACAUGUUCUUCAAACUGUCCUGUGUAGGCCUGCUCACAAAUACACUACUGAAGGAGGCUACCGGGUAAAAACGCGCCACAAUGUUCUUUAUGUAUAGUUCGUAAUUCUUUUGUACUAUGGAGGGUUAAUCAUUUUUAUCUUCUCUGUUAUGGGCAAGUAGCUAGGUGAGGUAGGGUGUAAUUAAUAAAGCAUUCGAUUACAGUUGAAUUUAUUA